GCUAUCCAGUGGGAACCCCCCAUCCAGUGGGAACCCCCCACCAGCUAGUCAACCACCUCCGCCCACAGAGGACACAGGGCAGAGGCUGGCACUGGAAACGCUGGAAGAGUUAGACUGGUGCUUGGACCAGCUGGAGACGCUGCAGACUCGGCAUUCUGUGGGGGAGAUGGCGUCCAACAAGUUCAAGCGGAUGCUGAACCGCGAGUUGAGUCACCUGUCGGAAACCAGCCGCUCUGGGAACCAGGUGUCGGAGUACAUCUCUCAGACCUUCCUGGAGCAGCAGGCUGUGGUGGAGUUGCCUAGGGUAGCCCCCGAGGAGACCCCUCAACCCAUGUCCCAGAUCAGCGGCCUUCGUGAACUCCCCCACAGUGCCAGCCUCUCUGCUGCCACUGUCCCUCGAUUCGGUGUCCAGACCGACCAAGAGGAACAAUUGGCCAAGGAGCUAGAAGACACCAACAAGUGGGGGCUUGAUGUGUUCAAGGUUGCAGAGCUAAGCAAGAACCAGCCCCUCACAGCCAUCAUGUUCAGCAUCUUUCAGGAGCGGGACCUGCUCAAGACAUUCCGGAUCCCAGCGGACACACUUGUCACCUACCUGCUGAUGCUGGAGGGCCACUACCAAGCUGACGUGGCUUACCACAACAGCUUACAUGCCGCCGACGUGGCGCAGUCCACACACGUUUUGCUGGCCACACCUGCCCUUGAGGGUGUGUUCACAGAUAUGGAAAUCCUGGCUGCCAUCUUUGCAAGUGCCAUUCACGAUGUGGACCAUCCCGGAGUCUCCAACCAGUUUCUGAUCAACACCAACUCGGAGCUUGCGCUCAUGUACAAUGACACCUCCGUGUUGGAGAACCACCACCUGGCUGUGGGCUUCAAGCUGCUGCAGACAAAGCACUGUGACAUCUUCCAGAACCUCAGCGCCAAGCAGCGGCUGAGCCUGCGGAGAAUGGUCAUCGACCUGGUGCUGGCCACAGACAUGUCCAAGCACAUGAACCUGCUGGCCGACCUGAAGACCAUGGUGGAGACCAAGAAGGUGGCCAGCCUGGGCGUCCUGCUGCUGGACAACUACUCAGACCGGAUCCAGGUCCUGCAGAACCUGGUACACUGUGCUGACCUCAGCAACCCCACCAAGCCGCUGCCCCUGUACCGCCAGUGGACAGAGCGCGUCAUGGCCGAGUUCUUCCAGCAGGGCGACCGUGAGCGUGAGCUAGGCCUGGACAUCAGCCCCAUGUGCGACAAGCACACGGCCUCCGUGGAGAAGUCCCAGGUUGGUUUCAUUGACUACAUCGCCCACCCGCUGUGGGAGACAUGGGCCGACCUGGUGCACCCGGAUGCCCAGGACCUGCUGGAUACCCUGGAAGAUAACCGAGAGUGGUACCAGAGCAAGAUCCCCCGCAGCCCCCCAGCCCCCAACAGCCCCCAGCGGGCCGGUCUUGACAGGUUCCAGUUUGGGCUGACCUUGGAGGAGGCGGAGGAGGAAGAGGAGGAGGAGGAAGAGGACCAGGUGGCAGCGGAUGGGGAGGCCCCGGAAGGGCCUGGCACAGAGCUCAUGCCCUCCGAGGCCAGCCCGACCCCCCAGACCUCACAGUUAGACAACCAGAGGACCAGGGGCAAGCCUUUUGUGGACUGAGGAGAACAUGCUAGCCGAGCCUUUUGGCACUUAAGAGUCCCUGCCAGGUGGACUUCACAGCAGGAGGUCCCCGGUGGCCCUGGCCUCAGCCUCCCACCAAUUGCAGUAAACAACGGAACUUUAGUUACAGGCAGGUCUCAAGGUGAACUCAGGGACGCCUGCCUGGGGUUCAUUCUGACUCCAGGCUCAAGUGAGAGAGAGCUCUCUUGGGGGGGUCACCUCCUACAGCUCCCUUGGGAUCCCCCUCCUGGAAGCCACCCCUUCCCUGGAGAGGGAAUUCCUGCCAGACUCCUUGGCCAGCUUUCCCAGCGGUCACUCUGAAGCCAUGAUCAUGACUUUAUUCUCUUAUUAUUUAUCAAAUAUUUACUAAACACCUGCUGUCAUUGUGGGCAGGGCCAUGCCUCCUCUGGGGGUGUGUGUGGGGGAGAGUGGCCGUACAUGCGGGUUUGUGUUGGGGGGCAACGGCUGGCCCCGAGGGGGAACACCCACACAAGUGCCUUUCCCUGCUCCUCUGCCCAAGCGCCAAGCUCCUGCGGAAGAGCGUCGUCCCGAACACUGACACAGCUGGCACCGCUGGUGCCUUUAGAGUGUGGCUGUAAGCCCCUGCGCUUUCUGUCAUGUCAGGUGUCUCUGGUUGACGUGUGCCCUGCUCGUUGGCAGCCCCCCCAGUCGAGUCCCACUGCUGACUCACCACGACAUCCCCUGUCUCCAAGAAUAGGCGCAAAAGCCCAAAAUGCCCCUCUCGGUGACCCUUUGGUUCCCGGAGCCGCCUCCCACUUCAUCCAGAGGGAGGAAGGCCCCAGAGGGUUCCUUGCAGGUACAGCCACACUGCGCCUCACUUUCCCCACCUGUAAUCUGACUCUAAUACUCACCUACCCCUUGGUUGAGGGUUGGGGUCCAUGACGCCCCUCCCCCAUGGCACACCUGACGAACCUUGGACAUUGAGGGCACUGAGCAUUUUCCUGACCUUGACUCCAUCAUCCGGGUCAUUCAUGUUGCCAUCCUUCGCCGCGGUCCAGUCCCGCGCCCCAGCUCCUGACAAGCCCCUGCCCAGCGAGACAGACCGCGGUGUCCUGAGGGUUUCCUGGUCCAUCUUAGUCUAGGGCAGUGGUCCUUUCAUACAGUUCCUCAUGUUGUGGUAACACACCCCCCCCAACCA